CUCCUCCCUCCUCCCACGCUCUUCCACUCCAGCUCUGGACACACGACGAGACCGCGGGACCUGCUGUGUUUCCCCCCCCUCCCGCACACACACCUCCCGCCGUCCCCCGUUCACGCACGAGGAUUGAUCCAAUGUAUUAUUUACGACCGAAACUUCAGCAACUUAUCCACUGGAUAUGGCUCCCGGUUUGAGGAGUGGAUGCGCGGGUCGCCACAGAGCGGAGCCCGGCGGCGGCUGCGGCGGCGGCUGCACGGAGGAUGCUGCCGCAGGAGAGUGGAGGUGUUUGAGGGGCAGGUGUCGGGCAGGAGCCGCCGUGGAGCUCAGACACUGUCUCCUCACUGUGGGGAUGCUGUCGCUGCUUGUCCGGUGCGCGGUGGCCGCAGCUGAGGAAAAAUCCACCUAUGAUGCCUCUGGCUCCUCGUCUCUCCUGAGUGACCCCGCUGCCACAGCUGCUCCUGCUCACCCAUCGACUGGCCUGUCCGUGGCGGAGGAGGUGCCUUUCUUAGCCGCCCGCUCAGAUGGUGACUCAGAGGUGGCGGGAGGAGGUUUAUCAGGGCAGCCUGCCUUUUCUUCUGUCUUAACUGUCAUGGCGGGAACUGUCAAACAUCCUGUGAUCCUUGAUCAAAGUAGAACCUCGCCGACGAUCACCAAGGACGAGACCCACACCACCAAAUGGCCUUCACAUAGUUCCAGCGGCUCCGGCUCAGAGAUGUCUUCUUCUUCGUCGUCUUAUGUGCGAGAUAGAAUCCCCGCCAGCUCAGAGGCAGGGACAGACAAGCUUAACACGGGCACGUCCAGAGCAGUUGCACUCCCUUUCCUCAAAGAAAAAGAGGUCCAUCUGUCCCCCUCUCAGUCAGCGAGAACAACACUUUCUGCUGGGCCCUCUGAAAGGACAUCUCAGGUACCGCCUCUGCGACCGGACACCACAACAGCCUCCGUGAAGCUCGCCUCCACAAGCGUAGCUUCAACCGCUACAACUAAAAACACAACCACCUCCAUGCCUUCCCUAAACGUUACCACUGGAAGCACGCAGUCCACCACCGCUACCACACAACCGCCAGCACCCGUGACCAGGAGGGUUAUCACCACCACCACCACCACCACCACCACCACCACAAACAUCAGGACUCAAACCAGCAGAAGAGCAUUCACUCCUCUCAUCUUCAGAACAAGCCCACCCAGGGCAGCCACGACUGCCUUCAUCUCCCCGUUCACCACCACCACAGAGGCUCCGCCGCAGCAGUGCAACAUCACAGAGAGACUGUGGGUGAAAACAGUCGUCUCGAUCUAUGUGAGAAGAAACAGGCUGGACAGCAUCCAGAGGCAGAACCUUCGGAGGGGACUCAGCCAGGGCCUCCGGAAAGCUCUGAAUGACACUUCUGCUCAAGCACAGGUGGAGACUGUGUUCGGCUCUCCCAACAUGACUGUGGCUUAUCACGUGACUGGAGGGGAUAUGGUCUACUACCCCUCAGUUGUGCUGGAAGGCUUGAACUCCUAUGGCCGUGAUAAGCUGAUUGCUGACCUGCGACAGUAUCUCCCCAUGGUAACAGCCCUGCCCCUCCCAGCUGCAUUAUGGAGACCCAGCGCAGCUACAGGCUUCCAGCUGAAAACAGUGCUGCAGUUUGUGGGAGCAGGUGAUAAUCCUCGCUCCUGUAGAUUCUCUCAGAUGAUGGAACGGCGGCUGGAGAAGGUGUUUUCAGAAGCGCAGGCCAAAGUGCUCAGCACUAACAGCAGGCUCUCUGUUCAGAUGCUGAGUGUCACCCAAGCAGCAGGCUCUCCUGCUGUGUCAUUGGUCUACACUGUGAGUAAUGGCACUGUCUUCCUUAAUGGCACCACUGCCUCGAAUCUCCUCGGUCAGCUGUCAGCUGAACUGGUCGGCUACUUCCUCUUUUAUCCGCCACUUAUCAUCGCUGAGCCUUGUCUGUUUUCAGGAGCCAGUAAUACAGCAUCUCUCUGCACUCUGCGCCAGCCUCCAUUUAAAGCGCAAACAGCCAAAUGUGAAUUACACUGCAUUUUGAAAACACGAUCAGCACUGGAGUAUCACAAUCUGAACACCUCCGUUGCAACCCGAGACUUCUGGGUUAUUACAGUGAUCCAGGAUGUGGAUAACGUCAGCCUGGAGGGACAAUACCAGAGCUUUGCCAAUUUAAUGGAGCAGCGGCUGGCAGAGUUGUUUGUGUUGGCAGGCCAGCAGGGCACUCGCUUUAGACGAGCCACGGCCGUAGGAAGCUACACUGUCCAGAUGGUGAGCAUCCGGAGGGUGUCGGGGUUGAGGAAUCCCGCAGAAAUGACCUACUAUGUUCAGCAACAUGGUUUGCCUCUACUGGGGACGUCGGCUGCCAAGGUCCUGAACACGGUGGACUCUCAGACGAUCGCCCUCACACUGGGAUACUUUGUCCAACUGCAAGCGGAACCUGUGGUCAAGAACCCUCCUAACAACCUCUGGAUCAUCGCUGCAGUGUUGGCCCCCAUCUCUGUUGUGACACUCAUCAUCAUCAUCAUCACAGCCGUGUUGUGCAGGAAGAACAAAAAUGACUUCAAAGCUGAUGCCAUCGGAAACCUCAACCCCCGGGCAAAGAUGGCGUAUCGCAGAGAUGUGGGCUAUUAUCACCAGCCAGUCCAGGGUUUUGACUAUGCCAAGCAGCACCUGGGCCAACAGGGAGGAGACGAGGAGACCCUUCCCGUCAGUCAGGACACGUUAGUGAUGUCGCUACAAAUAAGGGACACGCCACUCUCACUGGAGAAGGCCUUGCAUCAAGAUGGAACCGCCCACAAGAAAAGCCUCAGCAAUGACAAACACAAGAGCAAGUUGCCGAGUGAGGAUGGUUCCGUCAUCAGCAACGAAUCAGAGAAGCUGAAUUCCGGCAGGGGCUUGACAGUGCCGAAAGUCACAGCACAGCAGAAACUGACAAAGGAGGAGACGCGCAAGAGGGACGAUCCAUAUGACACCUCCUCUGGCUCCCUGCAGCUCAUUUCCAUAAAGCCGGUGGUGGCUCAGCCUAGUUACUCGCACCCUGCAUCAUCUGACCGCAGCCAGGACUCAGCCAUAGUCAACGGAGAGGUGAACUUGGCUCUGAAGCAGAAGUCAGACAUCGAGCACUACAGGAACAAGCUGAGGCUGAAGGCUAAGAGGAAGGGCUAUUACGACUUCCCGUCCAACGACGGCAGCAGCGGCAGCCGGGCGCUGGCGCAGAGGCAGCGGCACAGCCAUGAGAGGGCAGCCGGUGAGCAUGGCAGACCACUGGAGCCUGAUGAUGAGCGAGGUUCCACUUAUGUCAAGUCUCACAGGAGGCACUCCCAGGUAGGGCAGACGGCCUAUCGCAGCAGACAGAGUCUCAGCAGUCCCAGUCCUGGGGGGACGGAGAUGGACCUGCUUGUUAUGAGGGAGAGACCAAGGAGAGGCAUCCGCAACAGCGGCUAUGACUUCUGUAUGUUUCAGACUGAGCCUGAGUUGAUUGAGGAGACGAACGUGGACCGCCUGAUGGGGCCGCGGGGUUACAUGUACGGCCGGGGCUUGAAAGGCCACUCGGAGACGUCCACCCUGAGCUCGCAGCCGUCGAUCGAUGAAGUGCGGCAGCAGAUGCACCUGCUGCUGGAGGAGGCGUUCAGCCUGGCGUCGGGGGGCCAGUCCACAUCUGGGAGGCAGUCCCACCACCACCAACUGCCUCCUGACCACUACAGCCCCGCACCGCCUCCCCUCCCUUAUGCAGACGUGGUGACCAGUGCCCCAGGCACGAUGAGCUGUGGGCGGGGAGGUCUGCAGUGGGUGCCAUCUUACGGUACAGAUGUGUAUCAGUGCAGCCUGCCUAAACCAGCCUUUCGCUUCACGCAGCUUCCUGAGAUGGCUAUGGAUUCCCCUCCACCUUUACCUCCUCGCACCGGACCUCCUCCUGGGAAAUCCCUUAGACGUUCCACUUCUGAUUUGGGGCCUAAAGGACGGAUCUCAGACACGUCUCUCACUGGAAUGCAGAGUCACCAUGAUGGCAAUCCAUAUGGGCCAACAACCAGAGCAGCACUUCCAUCUAUCACUGCAGACCAGCCUCUGUCCAACUACUCAGGAAACCCAAUAACAGCUGUCUAUGCCAUCCCAGCCUCCAGGUCUGGCUACUCAGAAUACUUUCUCUCCACACCACCGACCUCCUACCACAGUCCGUCAUGGAUGUCCUAUCCACCUGAACCUGAGGAUGUGCCACCGCAGUGGGCAGACUCUUUGCCCCUGCCUGGUUAUGUUGAGGCUUUUCCUCAUCCCCGCUAUCCACAGGGUAGCCCGACCAGGCUGCCCCUGGAGUAUAAGCAGGCUCUGGAGCAGCCUUCUGUUGCCCCAAGCACAGCAUCCCAGCAAAGCCUGCCACAUGUGGGGAAGGACAUGGACAGCAUGCCCCUGAGCAGCCUCUCCACCUCUGCACUCGUGCAGGCCAUUCGGCAGGAGGUGGCCAAGCUGGCGAAGAAACAGAAUGAAAUGUUUGAGUUUUAGUGUCUUCGGCAAAAAGGGAGGGAGGCACACAAAGGCAGUACUCAUCUGGACUCAUUUUUGAUGUUUGUACUGUAAACUGGACUUCUUUACCCCCUUAAUUACCCGCUGAUUGAUCUCUUUUCACAUUCGAUUGGUGUUUCUCAGCUGCUGAUUUGAAAGAAACAACAAAGAAACAAGAUUGUUUUCAGUUUUUUUAGAAAAAAUAACACAACAAAUAUCCUCUACUGAUGAUGUCCCAAGUAACUACAUGCAUCCAUCCUUUGUAGAUUUGUCAACAGGAUAUGCUAAUAACGGAAAAUACAACAAUUUCCACGUUUUUGUGACCCGGCAUCGAUUGAGGAGAGAACAAGGCAGUAGCAUUAUUGUCUGUACUGAGAGGACCAAAUACUCCCUGUCAGAUACUUAGUAUCAACCACAGUGUAUAUACAGUAUAAGGUAAUCAUGUAUCUUAUCUCUUUUUAUAGACCAUUAUCUUCAUUUAGGUGGACUACAGUUUAUACCAAAUCAAACUACGACAUCGCUUUCCCACAACGCGUUGGUUUACUUUUAAAUCACACAUCGGCACUGUCACGGUAACAAACACUGACUCUCUUUGAUCAUCUAAUAUGUUUUUAACUGAUUAAUUAAUUAAAUAGAUUUAGACUGUAGUUCUCAUUAAUUAACAAACCAACUCAAUCCAUCAUAUUUGUCUAUUUAUGAUUAAGUGACAUGAAGUUUUUAUUGCAUUUUGUUUGUUUGGGUGCACAUAAGGUAGGUUUUUUUUUUAAUCUUUUUUUCUUUUAAGAAAGCCAUUUUUUUAAGAAGUUAUGGCAGUUUUAUUGUAACAUGUAACAUGUCUUUACUACCAUACAUACAUACACUUGUGUUCUCUUUAAGAAGAAAAUGACACAAUGUCUUUGGCUUUCAGAGUCCCAGAUGUUUUGAAGAUACAUUCAACCCCAGCAUCUAUAAAGGUGGACACAAUAUUUAUUUACCACACCUGGUGGCAUCAUAAUUGCAUCAUAAAAAACGAGUGCAUUCGCAAAUCAAUCACGGAAUUGAUGUGGGUUUUUGAGCGACUCACAGGCCGUGUGUUGGUAUGACGGAGCUUUAAAUGAGUAAACAGUGGGAAUGCCUUACUGAGCAGUGUGUUCAGUGUAAACAUAAGAAACAUCCAGUUUUUAAGGUAGAUAUUUACCUUCGGAUACAGUAAAAAAAGAAAUAAAUCCAUAAUUCUAUGUAACAUUAGUAAUACAUUCACAUUAUACCAUUAAAAUGAACUGUUUUUCCAAUGUUAUUCAAACAGUGGGAAUAAAGGAGUGUGCACUCAGUUUUUCUUUAAUUUAUUCUUUUAAGUAGAGCUCAUUGCACUAUACAGAAUUAUAAUUUUUUUGUUCUUGUUUCUUUCUUUUUGGUCCAGUGUAUAAGGUUUAGCUGAUCUCAUUUAAUACUGAAGUUUGUUUUUUUUGCAUGUGCGGUCACCUGAUUGUAUGAGUCAUGUUUUCAUUACCACAGAGUAAUGAGCCCUUUAUAUUUACAUCAGACCACCUUGUUUUUUAAUAGACAAUAAUUAAAUUAUAACUGAAGGCUUGUAGUUCUCCUACAACAUGCUUGGAAGGGAAGGGAAGGAUGGGGUGACCAACAGGUGUGUAAGUCCUACACACUGUAACUUUAAUUGAUCACAAAGCAGGACAUUAAUCUAAAACAACGCAAUACGACAAACUCAUUAAUCGUUACAUGAAAUUAAUUUAUAUUUCUUGGGAAAAGACUAAUUUUCACUGUGGAAUAAAAGCCCCCAGCAGGUUUUGGUAAACUCUUAAGGCAGACUUGAUUUUGAUGAACAAAAGAACAGAUGCUGCAAUAAAUGGUGAAAUGCUGUACGUUGCUUAUUAUUAUCAUCGCAAAUUAUACGUACUUGCUUUGUUAAUAACAAUUUCAAUCCCUUAUGUCUUUGGGCAGUUGUCUUGGAGGAACGAGCUAUGAGUGACAAUGCCUUUAAUAUCAUUUUCAUAAAGACUUUUGAACAAACCCUCCCUCUUUUCCAAGGAUUGUUCUUUUAUAUCUGUUGGUGUACGUGGGGCGAAGGAAAAACUGUUUGUCUUAAACUCAAAAAAUGUUACUGUUGCUUGUUUUGUUUUUUUAAAAUCAAGAUUCCUUUUACCCAUUAUUCAGAAGAGCACUUCAUGUCUUAAAAACUGUACUAAAAAAUGAAAAUCCAUUUUACUGUACCAGAAGUGAACACCUUUCCACAUCAUGCUGGACAACUGCGGACAUUUAGCGAUAAAUGAAAGGGUCGUAGAUGGUUUAUUGGUUUAUUUAUUCUAUAAAAGGAGAUAUGAAGUGAGCUAAACCUUUUAAACAUCAGUGUCUCUUUGUCUUCCCGGCUGGUUUCCUUCUUUCCUUUUCAUCUGCUUGAUCUUGAUAUAUUUGGUGUUCCUCUGAGAAUGAUCUGACAGAGAGACCCUGAGACACAUGGAAAAUGAAAGAAAUAUUACCCUAUACACAAAUAAAAUGAAAUAAAAAAGUUUUAUUAGA